AUGGUGAACCCUGGAGACGCUCUCCUUCAACAGCUCCGCCAGUCGUUGCAAGGAGCCAAAUACUCCGCCUCCUCCGUCCUGGCUGGUUUGACAGUAUACGUUGGCGGUAGUUUGGUUGCAUUCCUUAUUUUCCUAAUCAUUCGGCCACGAUUGAAAAGGCUUUAUAGCCCCAAUUCCAUUAAAGGGGUCUUCGAGUACCCUGGAAAUGGGCUGUUUGCGUGGAUGUCUCCAGUUUUUCGAACAACCGAAGACGAGGUCGUCCAGCACAUUGGCCUAGAUGCCGCUCUUUUCCUUCGAGCGCUCAAAAUGCUCCGGAAUAUCUUUUUAAUCCUUGCCGUUCUCGGGUGUGGAAUUGGCAUCCCUGUGAAUGUAGUUUUCAAUUUCAAGUCCAAGUGGGGCGACAACUUGUCCAAGUCAGAUGCCUUUCUGCUCAUGACGCCUACUUUGAUCACAGGUGCACCCAUUGUUGCCCACAUCGUCAGCGGAUGGAUCUUUAACGUCAUUAUUUUUGUGUUUCUUUGGUUGAACUUUUCCGCGGUUCUUACCCUCAGACGAGACGUUUUUCUCAGCUCAGAUCAUCAGUCAAAGCUUGAGAACCGCUCUGUUCUAGUUACCGACAUCAAGAAAGCGGCAAGGUCUAAACAAGGCUUGCGCACGUUAGCUACUGGACUGUCUUCAGAGACUCCGUCGGCCGUUUCCAUUGGAACCUCGGUGAAACGGGUUGAAAGUUUGAUGGAAUCUCAUCGACAAGCCGUUCUUUCCUACGAAAAUGCGAGCUUUGAUAACGAAAAGGCUCUGCAGAAGGGUCGCGCGACACCCACCGUUAAACUGAACGACGGUCGAACCGUAGAUGCAGUUGCCCACUGGAGAGAACAGGUUGAUAAAUAUGAAACAAAGGUGCUGCUGGAACGUGAACAAGCUCGUCAAGAGCUAGAUCCAUUGUCUUACGGGUUUAUUUCUUAUCCCCGUCAGUCAACUGCACAUAAAAUUGUGCAAACCCGCCAGGCCCACCAAACCAAUGGAACUGGCCUCCAGCUAGCACCAUCACCUAUCGAUAUCAUCUGGCCGAAUUUAGCUAUUGGUAAAGUCGGACGUGCACACAAGCAAAUGUGGGUGAAUAUAGUGUUUGCUGCGCUUAUGAUUCUUUGGAUUGUUCCGAAUGCCUUCAUCGGUUGUUUCUUGACUAACUUGAGUCGUCUCGGGGCUUUGUGGCCUCACUUUGCUAUGGUUAUGGAUGAAAACAAAGUCGGUUUUGCCAUUCUGCAGGGUGUCAUGGCACCUUUGAUCACCACGCUUGUUUUCAUGAUUCUUCCAUGGAUCAUGCGAAAGCUCUCCCGCUGGCAAGGCAAAAUAACACGAAACGAGCGCGAAAAGGAAGUCACCAGAAAGCUCUAUGCAUUUUUCUUUUUCAACAACUUCUUCGUGUUCACCCUCAUGGGCGUUGUAUGGGACGCUGUCGCCCAGGCCUUGGAAAUUGUAAAUGCGGCUUCUCCUGACUCGAAGCCCAGUUUUGGUGCAGUUUGGGCAGAACUUAAAGUCGCUCAACGUAUCUCCACGGCAAUCCUCAACGUUUCUUCGUUCUGGGUUAUGUAUUUGUUAAAGUCCUUUUUGGGUGUCAUGGUUGAUCAGUUGCAGCUGGUCAGUUUGACACAAUUUGGCUUCCGAAAAAUGUUUAGCACUGCGACGCCGCGCCAGAAGCUGCAAUGGCGUCAGCCUCAGCCGACUCCGUUUGCUGUGCAAUAUAUUUGGCCCCUGUUCUACACUACUAUUUGCCUUGGGUUCACUCUGAUCCAACCGCUUGUGCUCGCGCUAGGCGCCAUCUACUUUUUGCUCGCUUACCCUUUGAAAAAGUAUCAACUCAUGUACAUGUUUUUGACAAAGUACGAGUCGGAGGGUCUGUUUUGGCCAAUUGUAAACAACACUAUUCUUUUUGCUACUGGGUUCGGCAACCUCAUGCUCUUGUGUAUUGUCUGGGUUCAGUCCGGCUGGAUCUAUGCUAUGGGGGUUGUUCCAUUGCCCGCUAUUGUCAUUAUAUUCAAAAUCAUCAUGUGGACCAAGUUUGAUCGUCAUUACUACCUCUUUGUGGACGGUUAUGAUGAGGACAUGUACUUCAAGUCUGCUCAAGCAGAACUUGAAGACUGCUACGAGAACCCCGCUCUGUGGAAAGCUUUGGAUACUCCCCUAUUAUCUGGCAUUGAUCGAUCUGAGUCGGUUACAUCUCUCAACUCUAGUGAGUUCCUACCCGAGAAGAAAGAUAAUGUCAGUCCUGAACUUCCUCAGUACGCUGAACAGCGCAUGCCUCGGUAUCAAACCCAUGGAAACUAUGAUGAGCCUCACUAUGACCAGAGCUACGACCAGAGCUACGACCAGAGCUACGACCAGAGCUACGACCGGAGCCACGACCAGAGCUAUGACCAAGGAUAUUACGAAUACGACAGCCAGUAUCCUGAACAGUAUUAUGUUGAGCAAGGCUAUUAUGAGCCUCCCCACACAGCAUAUCAGAAUCACUCGCAAGUGUCACUCUCAGAGUCUUAUCAGGGGGCGGUGAGAAAUGACGCUAGUGAAUAUGACGAUAGAAAGCGUCUGCUUUGA